AUGGACGGCCAAUCGGUCUCGUCCUACCUCGCAUACAAGCAAGACACGAGCGCCUUCUUGUCUUGGCUUGGUUCCGCCUCCAAAGUGUGCGGUUGGAGGCAGCCCAAGAGGAAAAAGGAUGCUACGUCAGAGGUGAAAUCGCCGGUUCUUAACCUCACCCUGGCUGACAAGGGCUCUCAAAGAUUGAAAGGCAGAGCGCGAAAGGAAGCAAAGGAGGCCGCAGCGGCAGGUGCCGGUCAACCAGGAACCACUCCUGUAUUUUCGCGCUCGGUAACAGUGUUGCCGAAGCGGACCUUUACUACAGCCGAGCUAAUUCAGCAGAUUGAGUUGGUUAGCCAGGCUGAUGCAGCACAAAGACCAGAGGUGCGGAUGCCAGUCGCUGUCUACAAGGCUCUGCAACGUGCAGUCGGGGCCAGAGAGCGCUUUGCAAGAUGGUAUCGACGGACUGGAGCCAGCAGCGAUGAUUCCAUGGAAAGUCACGACUAUUUCACCGGUAUCCUGACCAAGGCCCUCAUUCUUCUUCGGGGCGUUGACAAUGGUCCCGGCCAUGCUGCCGACCAUCCUUCAGACGGCAAAACAAGCGACAUCAACUUCAUGGAGAAUAUGUUUGCGUCUCUUCAGGUGGAAAACACGUCUGAGGAAACCGACGAUCAAGCCUGCUCCAACAGCCAACCUGCCUCGCCUAGCGCCUUAACAGGAACGGAUAGCAGUGUCCAGUUCGGCAUCGAAGAGGACAAAAAUAUGGCUGAGAUCGAUUUUGCCAUCUUCUCCAUCUUCGAAGACGUACACCGCCUUCGCGCUGAGACGCAACGGAUUUGGGCCCGACUGAAGGAUGGCGACAUAAGCCUCAUUCAAGCCACGCUGUCCCUCGCCGUAGUGAUAGAGCUGGUGCGACAGGCCGAGGAAGAAGCAAUGCAAGUGGUGGCCUCGCACACCACACCCGAAUACUUCGCCGAUGUUUUCAGCACGGGGUCUUACCAAUUUUUCGUGGGAAGGAUCUACAAUUCCAAGGCGCUCGGCAGAGAAAACGAAUAUAGCGUGAACGAUAAGGAGCACGCAAUUGUCAUUACGCCUUUCGACGAAUUUGUUCUUCUGCCUCUUGGCCACACACUGGUCAAGUUCCAAUACUUUUGGUUCAAAGAUCAUAACCCCACGAUGCCCGUCAUCCCGCUGCCUCCUCUGAGGAUGGAUUACAAAAGCGCGGCCAGCCUGCUGGAUGAUCCUCGAUAUCGAAACUUUGAGGCCGAGGAUCAGCUUCUGGUUCAAUUAUGCCACGAGAUGAGAUUCAUCGAGGACAUCCGAAAAGGAAAGCUCUUACGCCCGUACAGCCUGAAAGACAAGGAGGCUAUCAAGGAGUCGAUUUUACCGUUUGACGACCUCUUUCACAGUGCUAUGCGUCCGAUCUGGGAUCAAGGACUAAUCAGCAUGCCGAGUGCAUUCGCAGCCAGGGCCAUGGUGGAUAUGUACGAAAUUUGCGGCCCACAUCUCAACGGAAGCCAGCUACUAUCAAAAGAGGCCAGACUAUGCACGGAGCGGUUUGGCUUUGCUCAAGACGGCAAUGAGGUCGUUGACGUGCUUGGUCUCCGGGACGACAUCGUACCACGAUUGACAGACACCCGACAACUGCUUGCCACACUCUGGCGGAGAUCAACGAAUGACCUGACUCACGAUUCAUUUUUGCUUAAGCACAGGGAAAAGUUCGGCGAAAGGGUACAGAUUGCACAAAAGAGGAUGGCUAGCGGCGGAGGCGAGGGCUUUGAGAACUUUCGACCCAAGGACCACAAGGUUUUGACUUCCAACCCCUCCGAUGACCAAUGGGCCGCUACUUUCACUGGCAUUUGGUAUCAUGAGUCUCCCAGCUUUUUCAGGGACACCAACCUCUUAUAUGGCGGAACAGCCCUUUUAGAGGUUGUGUCUGUAACUGAACAGGCUGGGAUCGCUAUUGCUAAUGAGAGCAUGUCUCUCUUUUGCAUGGCACAUGUAUACAACGCUGCAAGACAGCUUGGUGGACUGGAUCUAUAUUGGCCAGAGCUGGAUCGCGUUAUGGAACUCCACGCCGCGGCUCUUUUUGCCAACGACGUCCCUACGACACCACAAGCCAUAUUUGACAGAUUCAAGUACCGGAUUGGCAUGGGAGCACGUUCGACCUUUUCUCGCUCAUUCGCGUCCUCGUUCUCCACAGGGGGCAAAACCCCGCAACCACAGGGCCGAUGGAUGCUCCGGCCGACCCCGACGUCGACCACGAUUCGAGAGUUUUUUGAUGCGAAUACCAGCCCACGCUCUCUCCCGAGAUUGGUUCACCAGCUAGAGGGCCAAGCCUCGCAGCAGAAUCAGUCUGCACCAGAACAGUCCCGCCGGAAGCUUCGAGGAUCCGUUACCCCCUCGGCCUCGGCAACUGGGUCUAUCGCAGGCACCAGCCAACGGCAGAUGACCUUCCAGCAAACACUCCAGCACUUUGAGAAGCAUCUUGACGCUGUUCUUCCCGACAUGCGGCUUGAUUACAUCACAUUGACUCGCACCUGUGAUGGCCUGCUUGACACUCUCCGUGCCGAGCUGCUUGCCAAGUUCAACGUCUCGUACACGCUCAAGAACGGGCAGACAGGCCGCUCUGACGACAUGCACAAUGCAUUUGGUCGGGUUGAGACCGCCCUGUGCAUCUUCCAGGAGACCGCGAAUGCUGCAGACCUGCACGAAGAGAUGAAACGAAAGAAGUAUAGGGGCUUGGAUACUGAGAUUUUGCCCGUGGGCAAACAGCUCGAAUACGCCGCCGAGUUUUUGAGGCUACAUUUAACACGGGCUAGCCGAAGCGGAUAA